AUGACCGCCAAGAAAUCCGCAGACGAAUGGGAGAAGUUGUACAAAGAAGCCGAUGCUGACUGCAGCGGUACCCUGGAUGUGUACGAGUUGAGGAACCUUCUCAAGAAAGGAAGUAGUAACUUGACAGAUUCACAGAUUGCUGAUGCAUUUGUUUUCUUUGACGGACCAAAGGGGGACCGGAGGAUCACUCUUGAUGAAUUUAAAAAGGGUCUGCAAUCCCUUCAGACUUUCAUUAAGAAACUAACUGCAAUGUUUAAGCAGUAUGAUUGUGACAACAGCGGAUUCCUGGAUAAGAAUGAGCUGAGAAAGAUUCUAGAAGCUUCUUCCCACAAGUUUACAGAAGAUGAAGUAAAUGACAUCUUGAAAAAGGCUGACAAAAGUGGAGAUGGAAAAAUUAGUUUUGAUGAAUUUCUGGAAGCUUGCACAUAG